CUUCUUCUCUUUUUCCCCAUCUUUUACCAACUGUAAAGAAACGAACUAACAAACAAACAUGGUUGAAGCUGUUGCUGAUAUUGGUCUCAUUGGUUUGGCUGUCAUGGGCCAAAACUUGAUUUUAAACAUGAACGACAAUGGCUUCACUGUCUGCGCUUACAACCGUACCACCUCCAAGGUUGACGCAUUCUUGGAGAACGAGGCCAAGGGCACCAACAUUGUCGGAGCUCACUCUGUUGAGGAGUUGUGCGCCAAGUUGAAGCGUCCCCGCAAGGUCGUCUUGCUUGUCAAGGCUGGCUCCGCUGUCGAUGCCUUCAUUGACCAGCUCUUGCCCUUCAUGGAAGAGGGUGAUAUCAUCAUCGACGGUGGUAACUCGCAUUACCCCGACUCCAUCCGCCGUUGCGCCGAUUUGGAGAAGAAGGGCAUCCUCUUUGUCGGUUCGGGUGUUUCCGGCGGUGAGGAAGGUGCUCGCUAUGGUCCUUCGCUCAUGCCCGGUGGUCACCCUGGCGCUUGGGAAGCCAUCAAGCCCAUCUUCCAGUCCAUCGCCGCCAAGGUUGACAACGAGCCCUGCUGCGACUGGGUCGGUGGUACCGGUGCCGGUCACUACGUCAAGAUGGUCCACAACGGUAUUGAAUAUGGUGACAUGCAGUUGAUCACUGAAGUCUACCAAAUCAUGCUUGAGGGUCUUGGCCUUACUCACGACGAGAUGGCCGAAGUCUUCACUGAAUGGAACAAGGGUGAAUUGGACUCGUUCUUGAUCGAGAUCACCCGUGACAUUCUCAAGUUCAAGGAUACCGAUGGCCAGCCCUUGGUCGAAAAGAUCCGUGACACUGCUGGUCAGAAGGGUACUGGCAAGUGGACCGGCAUUGACUCGUUGGACCGCGGUAUCCCCGUCACCUUGAUCGGUGAGGCUGUCUACUCCCGCUGCUUGUCUUCCCUCAAGGACGAGCGUGUCCGUGCCUCCAAGAUCCUCUCUGGCCCCAAGGACAAAAAGUACACUGGUGACAAGAAGGAAUUCAUUGCCCAGCUCGGCCAGGCCUUGUAUGCCGCCAAGAUUGUCUCGUACGCUCAGGGCUUCAUGUUGAUGCGCCAGGCUGCCAAGGACAACAACUGGGCUUUGAACAACGCCGGCAUUGCCUUGAUGUGGCGCGGUGGCUGCAUUAUCCGCUCUGUCUUCUUGGGCAAGAUCAAGGAUGCUUACACCAACAACCCCGAACUCGAGAACUUGUUGUUCGAUCCCUUCUUCCAAGAGGCUACCGCCAAGGCCCAGGAUGCCUGGAGAAACGUCAUUGCACAGGCCGUCAUCAUGGGUAUCCCCACUCCCGCUUUGUCGACCGCUUUGAACUUCUACGAUGGUCUCCGUCACGAGAAGUUGCCCGCCAACUUGCUCCAGGCUCAGCGUGAUUACUUUGGUGCCCACACCUACGAGCUUUUGGAUGCCCCUGGCAAGUGGAUCCACACAAACUGGACCGGCCGUGGUGGCAACGUCGCUGCUUCUACCUACGAUGCUUAAGUAAAGAUGAUUACCCACACAUUUUUUCUCCAACUAUCACCCUUCCCCCACCAACAGACACUCUCACGAUUUACAUUCGAUUUACUUUCUAGUCUCUCACUCACUCACUCUCUCUGUUUCCUUGUUAUCAUUCGUCGACACUUUGCAUCUUUUGUUUGUAUAAAAAUUCUCCCCCCCCAUUCAAUGCAAGAAACACUGUUACUUUACCCAAAAAAGAAAAGGUGAUAUAACAUAUACGACUUUCAUACGGAUUUGUGUGGGACGUUAAUGAGGUAGAAAGGCAUGGGCUGACGUUGUUCAGUUAGACUGGGAUGUACUGCGAUAAGAACGCGUCUUUGAUCAUUACUUGGUUCGAACAUACAUUUCGCGCUGCCAUGACUACAAAGCAGUCGAUGCAGCUACUCAGAAAUAAAUGUAUCUUAGUGAUAAAAUAUAAC